AAAACCGCCCUUCAUAAAUUUACCUCCAUUCUCGUUUCUCCAAAAUUGAUUGAUUCCCUUUAAUUUUGAGCUUCUCUCUCUGCAUUUUUCUCCUUUUAAAGUUCCUACGUUUCAGCGCUUCAUCGUCUUCUUCGCGAGCUUUCAUUCAUUCGUCUUUUCCGUUUUGCCUUCACUCCUUCUUUCUUCUUUCAUCCCCUUCAGUUAGCUUUGAUAGAGUGGAACACCAUUCAUAGAUAUUAAUGCAAUAGAUUUCCUUCAGCUUCUUCAGUUUAUUCUACCGGCGGAAUGGCUAGCAGUGUGCAGAGGAGCCCUCGGUUGGAUCAGAUCCAUGGCGAAAUUCGCGACAGUUUUCGUGCCCUUCCGUAUAUGAAUACUCCUGCUAAUAAGAGGGUAGAGCUGUUUGAUGAGAGAGGCAUUAAUGAAUCUACAACGGAUGAUAAUGUUCAGAUAACAUCAUCAAUAAUAAGUCAAGAACUGAACAAUGUUGGGGAGAAGACAAUGGAUGAUAGUGAUCCUGCGAUUGAAAGCUCUAAAAUGGUAGUUGAACAAACCAUGGAAAUGGGACGGCAAUCUGCUUUUACAUUAGAAGACCAAGCCACAGCUACGAAGAAAAUAAUUGCUAUAUGCCAAUCAGGUGGUGAGUUUGUGAAAAACAAAGAUGGAUCCCUGUCUUACAAUGGGGGUGAGGCCUAUGCUAUAGAUAUCGAUCAACAAACAAAUUUGGAUGAUUUCAAGACAGAAGUAGCAGAAAUGUUUAGUUGUAGUAUAGAUACAAUGUCUAUCAAGUAUUUUCUUCCUGCUAACAAGAAAACCCUCAUCUCAAUAUCCAAGGACAAGGAUUUAAAGCGGAUGAUAAACUUUUUAAAGGAUUCUAUCACGGUUGAUGUGUUUAUCUUGUCAGAGGAAGCUGCUGCUCGGAAUUUAUCUAAUAUGCCUGCUAGUAGGUCAAGUAGAACAACAGUUUCUGAGGCAGUAGUUCCUGUAGUUGAGCCUGAAGAUGUUGCUGUUGAGACUAUGAUCGCUAUUGAUCAGAUUGGUAUGGACAUGUCCAAUGAAGUCCCUUUAAUUUGUGUUCCUGCAGGGUCCAAUGAUGAAAAACAUCGAAAAGCUGCACAACAAUGGGAAAAUGCCAUUAUUGGUGUAGACCAAAGAUUUAACAGCUUCAGCGAAUUCCGAGAAGCCUUGCAUAAGUACUCAAUUGCACAUGGUUUUGCUUACCGGUAUAAGAAAAAUGACAGCCAUCGUGUCACUGUUAAAUGCAAAUACCAAGGUUGUCCAUGGCGAAUAUAUGCCUCAAGGCUGUCUACUACCCAACUGAUUUGUAUUAAAAAAAUGAACACAAAUCAUUCAUGUGAAGGGGCUGCUGCUAAAGCCGGGUAUCGGGCUACUAGGGGAUGGGUGGGAAAUAUCAUAAAGGAAAAAUUAAAAGUCUCCCCAAACUACAAACCAAAAGAUAUUGCAGAUGACAUAAAACGAGAAUAUGGAAUUCAAUUGAACUAUUCACAGGCAUGGCGUGCGAAAGAGAUAGCAAGAGAGCAGCUCCAAGGCUCCUACAAGGAAGCAUAUAAUCAGUUGCCAUACUUUUGUGAGAAGAUCAAAGAAACUAACCCUGGAAGUGUUGCUUCAUUCACCACUAAAGAUGACUCAAGCUUUCAUCGUCUAUUUGUGUCAUUUCAUGCAUCAAUUUCUGGUUUCCAGCAAGGUUGUCGGCCUCUUCUUUUCCUUGAUAGUACUCCAUUGAACUCAAAGUAUCAGGGUUUUUUUUUUACUGCCACCGCUGUAGAUGGGGAAGAUGGCAUAUUUCCAGCAGCUUUCGCUGUUGUAGAUGCUGAGACAGAAGAAAAUUGGCAUUGGUUUUUACUGGAACUGAAAUCUGCAGUGAAGAGGUCAGAGCAGAUUACGUUUGUAGCAGAUUUUCAGAAUGGACUGAACAAGUUUUUGGGUGAAAUAUUUGACAAGUCAUACCAUAGCUACUGUUUGCGCCAUCUAGCUGAAAAGCUUAACAACGAUUUAAAGGGCCAAUUUUCUCAUGAGGCCAGGCGAUUUAUGAUUAAUGAUUUUUAUGCUGCUGCUCUUGCAUCUAAACUUGAGGAUUUCCAGCGCUGUGCUGAAAGCAUAAAAGGAAUUUCACCCGAUGCUUACAAUUGGAUCAUACAAAGUGAACCAGAGCAUUGGGCAAAUGCAUUCUUUGGAGGAGCAAGGUAUAACCAUAUCACAUCAAAUUUUGGACAGCAGUUCUACAGUUCCAUAUCUGAAGCACAUGAAUUGCCUAUAACACAGAUGAUUGAUGUUUUACGGGGUAAAAUGAUGGAAACAAUAUAUAGACGCAGGGUUGAAUCAGACCAAUGGACGACAAAAUUAACACCAGCCAAUGAGGAAAAGUUACAAAAAGAAACAUCAAUUGCGCGGUCAUUUCAGGUUUCACUAUCCCAUGGAAGCACAUUUGAGGUUCGUGGGGAAUCUGUUGACAUUGUUGAUGUUGAUCAUUGGGAUUGUAGCUGUAAGGGAUGGCAGCUUACUGGUUUGCCUUGUUGCCAUGCUAUUGCUGUCAUUGAAUGCAUUGGUAGGAGCCCAUAUGAUUAUUGCCCCAGAUAUUUCACAGUUGAGAGUUACCGCCUAACUUAUGCCGAGUCAAUACAUCCUAUUCCAAAUGUGGACAGACUAAUCCUGGGUGAAUCCACUCAGGCAAUAGUUACAGUAACCCCUCCACCUACUAGAAGACCACCAGGUCGUCCAAAGAUGAAGCAGAAUGAAUCAUUAGAAGUAGUUAAGCGUCAGCUCCAAUGUAGCAAGUGUAAAGGCCUUGGCCACAAUAAAAAGACAUGCAAAGAUUCUUAGCUUCAUUUUAGGAAUUCCAAAUAGGUAAUUACUCUUUAACUUCUUUUCCCUAAUUGUUAAUAUUUACUUGUUGCCAUCUAUGAUUUAUCUCAUGCUUAAGCUA